ACCACGGAUUGAUAAACAGAGUAGCGACAAAGGUUUCUUUCUUCUGGAAAACUCAAGAAAACUACAACCGGAAAUGACACCAGGUCAUGCCGUGUUCGGGUAAUAUCAUUUCAAUCGUAAUUAUGAACAGCAGAUGGGGAACCGUUCACGUUGAACUGCAAUUUGUUUUUCUGAGUCGUACACACUAAUAAUAAUAAUUUUCUACACUAAAGAUACCCCCACGCGGUGGAAAGAACUGUCAACAAACGUGGCAAAAUUCAGGAUAUAACGUAAGGACAUAAUAUACGAUAAUACAACAAGGCAGUUAAUUAAACUAACUCUACGAGUGGCCACAUAAUCGCACCACAGUACAAGUGGCAUUUGUAUGUUAUUUUACUGAUGUGUCCCCAAGAUUAGCACUGCGUAAACACUUCCUAGUCGCAAUAACAAGCGUCUUUCACAUUCUUCCCACUCUGACGCCAUUUCCCCUGAACGCAGCAUUAAAACCUGAAGUGACGUCAACGAUGUUUUGUUGACAUUUGUUUUGCGAAAGACAAAAACAGUGGACGCACACGGGAUGGUGUAUUUUUGGAACGCGACUAGCCAGCCGACCUCGGAGCGCGCCGACGAUCCCCGCGUCGCGAUCACAACGUAGCUGUGUGUGCGUGUCCGCGGACGAGCUCCGGCCAAGGUUGAACUCGGAGCAGCAGACGAAAGAAGAGCAGGAGCAGCGGGCGAGGACAAAACAAGCCCGUUGUCACCCUGACUACGCUGAGUGGCUGAAUCAUUCACGGGGGCUAGCCAGCCACCGUCCCCCUGGCGUGGGCCGUUAGCUGAGCCUCGCGUGCAGGCAUUCGGCUCCGUCGCUCGUCCGCUGAGCAAUUCUCUUCUCUGUUUGGGAAACUGCCUCCAAUUCACCCGCUGUCGCGGCAGUGCGGGGUUACGCAAGCGUCGUCCGUCGGGCUAGCGGGUUACUGCUAGCCGCGGCUAAACGCUGCCCCGCGAACUGACCCGCCCGAGCCGCAGCAUGUAAGCGGAGGGCCCCCGGGGCACCGCGUUCGUUCACAGGACGAGAGUUCACGACAAGUCGCCCGUCGGCCCUUUUGAGAAUGUGAAGCGCAAUGGCCAACUUCGAAGCCUACCAGGAGUACCAGAGGAUCGAGGACUUUGAGGAGGAUUCGCCACCGGGCGAGGAGGAUUUGCUCGUGCACGUGCCAGAAGGCCUGAAAGAUUCAUGGCACCAUAUCAAGAACCUGGAUAAUUUCUUCACCAGGAUAUAUCAUUUCCAUCAAAAGAAUGGCUUCGCCUGUAUGAUGCUGUCGGAGUUCUUUGAACUUGUUCAGCUUUUGUUUGUCGUCACAUUCACAACGUUCCUUGUCAACUGUGUGGAUUAUGACGUCCUGUUUGCCAAUCGAGCCGUCAACCACACCGGACCAGGCCAGAAUCCCUUGGACAGGAACAAAGUCACCCUCCCAGACGCUAUCGUAACCGGUCAACAGUGCACUCAGAGGAUUCAAGAGAACAGCUGGAUUAUAUUUCUUCUCAUCAUGGCAGCCAUUUUCUGGAUCUACCGACUUGUUAAAGUAUUUUGCAAUGUUCUGAGCUAUUGGGAGAUCAGGCAGUUCUAUAUCAAAGCACUGAAGAUCAGAAUGGAUGAACUAUGCAACUUCACAUGGCAGGAAGUCCAGGACCGGCUCAUCAGCCUGCAGCGAGAACAGCAAAUGUGCAUACACAAGAAGGAGCUGACGGAACUGGACAUCUAUCACCGCAUCCUGCGAUUCAAGAACUACAUGGUGGCAAUGAUAAACAAAUCACUACUGCCGGUGCAGCUGCAGCUCCCCCUGCUGGGCAAUGUGGUGUUCCUCACCCAGGGCCUCAAGUACAACUUUGAGCUCAUCCUCUUCUGGGGUCCCGGCUCUCUGUUUCAGAAUAAGUGGAACCUUCACCCCAAGUACAAGCGGAAUGGGAACCGCCUAGAGCUCGCCCAGCAGCUUAGUAGAAUCAUCCUGCUGCUGGGUUUGGCCAACUUGCUGCUAUGCCCCUUCAUUCUUGUUUGGCAGGUGCUUUACGCUUUCUUCAGCUAUACAGAAGUGAUCCGACGGGAACCUGGAAGCCUGGGUGCACGGCGCUGGUCCCUGUACGGUCACCUAUACCUGCGUCACUUCAACGAGCUUGAUCACGAGCUGCAUGGACGCCUGGGUCGUGGUUACAAGCCCACUUCCAAAUACAUGAACUCCUUCACUUCACCACUGCUGACUGUAUUUGCAAAGAACGUAGCCUUCUUCUCAGGCUCAGUGUUGGCUGUUCUCAUUGCACUGACAGUCUACGAUGAGGACGUUCUCACAGUGCAGCACAUUCUUACUCUUAUCACUGUGCUGGGGGUGGUGAUCACUAUCACCAGGUCCUUCAUCCCAGAUGAGCAUAUGGUGUGGUGUCCAGAACAGCUGCUGCAGUGCAUGCUGGCGCACAUUCACUACAUGCCAGACCACUGGAGGGGCAGUGCUAACAAGAGCGAGACCCGUGACGAGGUGGCGCAGCUGUUCCAGUACAAAGCGGUGUUCAUCUUGGAGGAGUUGCUCAGUCCGAUCGUCACACCCUUCAUUCUAAUCUUCCUUUUGAGGAACAAGUCUCUAGAGAUCAUUGACUUCUUCAGGAACUUUACUGUGGAGGUGGUUGGAGUAGGAGACAUCUGUUCUUUUGCACAGAUGGACAUCAGACGCCAUGGAAACCCAACGUGGAUGUCAGCGGGCCAGACAGAGGCCUCUGUGUACCAACAGGCAGAGAAUGGCAAGACAGAAUUGUCCCUCAUGCAUUUCACCAUCAAGAACCCACGCUGGCAGCCACCACAGGAGAGCUCCGUGUUUAUCAGCCAUUUGAAGGAGAAGGUGCAUCAUGAUGCACAGGGUGGCCCAUCCACCCAGCUGCUGCUGUCUGAGGCGCCUCUCUGCACCUCACUGCAUUCUAAUGAGUCUGCCUCUGGGCCUGAUAAUCUGUUGGCCAGUGUCCUGGCCCACCCCGUUCUAACUGCAUCUGGACUACAAGGACGAGACCACCGCUUCAUCCCACCAAGCACCGCUGCCUCUGCUGCUGCCAGUGUCCUGGCCUCUUUGUCCACCUCCCAGCUCGCACAUAGCAGCAGUGGCCGCUCACCCGGCCUCCUGCCCUCCUCCGUCCACCCAGAGAGCACCAUGUACCGCAGCGAUCGCACCAUCAUCGACAGUAUGACUAACAGUGAUUCACGGAUCCAGAAAAAUUCACUGCAGUCAGAGUUCGCCUCCGCAGAGAUGAGCCUCCAUGCCAUCUACAUGCAUGAGCUCCACCAGCAGAGCUCUCACCCUCAGAGGACUUCAGGGCAGUGGCAGAGCGCAGUGCCAAUGAGAGAUUUGCACACAAACACUGGCUUCCAGGGGCAUAGUGGCCUUGGUUCCAGUACGUCCGUGCCCACCACUGUCCACCUUGGCGGCUGGCAAGAGGAAGAAGAGGAGGAGAAUGAAGAUGAUCAGGAGAUAAACAGUGGGUCUACUCCAAAGCAGGGCACGGGAAGUAGUAGUUGAAGUGCCUUAUGUCAUAAGUGUUUACAUUUUACUUUCUUCAAUGAACAUUGUGGCCUUAGAUGAUCAUCAUGGAGAAUUUAGCAUGGACCUUUAAAACAUCACUUGUUCAUUUGUGGGAGAGGCUCAUUGAAUAACCACUGUCUCUGCACCUCCACGCCUCAUCCUGUUUCAUCAGGCAGACUAUAUGGCAUCAGGGAAACCAUAUGUCUUCCGUCCGAUUCAACAUGAUCCCGUCAGAAACUGCAAAGUACAUGUGGCAAAGAGACAUUAUCGUUUAUUCAUAGGGUCAAUGUGUGGGCAAUUUUAUUGUGAAACUAAAAAGGCUGAUGAGCCUCUGUGUGCACAUUUAAAGUAUUUGCGGAUCACUUGGUUUUACAGUUUGAGUCUAAUUGAAAAUUUCACAGAAUUGCGUCCUGGUCGGAGCUACAGAGACUGCAAGUCGUAUCUUAGCUGCCUGAACAAUUUUAAUCAUCUGGGGACGGGGGAGAAUAAUUCAGUAUUUCAAGUUGUGCUGUUUGACCCUGGUGAUUUGUAAAUACACUUUUACGUCUUACAUAUCCGUUAAAAGUCCACAUUUUUACUACCAGAUCUAAUCCUUUGGGGGGGGAAAUAGCACAAGUAUUGAUAUGAUAGAGCUGACUGUACAGUAGGCGUACUACUUAAACACCUUGUGUACCUAGCAAAAGUCUAAUUGGUUUGAUAAAACAUCUUUUUUAAACUAGGCAUACACAUGCUUUGAUGCUGCUGUCUGUAUGGUGAUCCUAAAUACAGAUUUUAUUUUCAGUAUUAAUAUGUCUAGAGCUCCUCUAUUAAGGCAAAGCGUUUCCAGGUUCACUUGGCAUCAAAAUCUCAAUGCAGAUAGAGGAUGUCUUUUUUUAACUCUCUUGGCUGGACACAAAGUCAGCUUUAUGCCUUAACAUCCACAUAAACAGAUGUAUUUAAAUCCUAGUUUUCGUAUACCACAGUGAUGGUGAAGGAAAACAAAUUCUCAAAUCAAUACCUCUGCAUUGUAUUUAUACUUAUUGUGUAAAUAUACAAUAUAUAAAUUGUUUUCUGUGUAUGCAGAUGCCUCCUUCAACUGCAUUUUGAUUUUAAUGGCAAGGUGUAAAUGGAACCUAUUUAAUUUUCUGUUCCUGUUUCUUGUCCAGCAGAUGUUUAGAUGUGUCCCCAAAGUCAGGAAGAUUUUAUUCCCUUUUUUAUUUUUUAUUUUCAAAUUAUGAACAAAACAGGGUGGUAUUGCUUUUACAAAUCUUUGUUGUGCACAGCAACAUUUUGUCUUUGCCCUUUCCCCAAAAAAAUCUCACAUGAAAAUAUAACCUCAUCAUAAGAGCUGAUGUCAGAGCGUGUGCUGUUACUUCUGCCGCUUUAGGUUUGAUGAAAUCAGGAGAGGACUGUUUCUCUCUGGCUUUAUAUUUUCAAAGUAAGAGCAUGAGGAUUUAAAAAAGAAGAAGCCUUUCUACAGUCAUCAUCAUUUGAUAGCUUUAAGAGUAUUUAUUACCCGUUUUCCUACAGAUAUUUAAUUGGUAUAUAUUUAUUAUUUAUUUGAAAAAAUAUUUGAGACGUUUUCUCAAAUAGUCCACUUUCAAAAAAAGCUUAUAAUCGUAAUAAUGAAAAAAAAAAGCAUGUCUCCCCCCCCCCCCCCCCCCCCCCCACACACACUCUUGGUAGUUAAAACAAAAAAUCUAAUUUAGCUUUUGAAGUUCUGAAUUUUUAAAUAUUCCCAUUUUUUUUUUUCAAUGCAAAGAUAACAUGCCCAGCUGCAUGAUGACGAAUGUGAUUUUGAAAUUAAGCUAAAUAUGCUUGUUGCUGUAGUAGUGCGUAACACAGCACUCUACCCAUUUCCAUAGCAUUCUACAAAGGUCACGGUAGAAUCGAUCUCAUCCUCCUCUACUGCGACACUGUAGAGUGUACACGUGUCUCUGCCGUCUUCUGCGUUUAGCAACUAUCCCACUUUCUUUUUAGUGUGCCUGCAUUUAUGGAAGGAAUUUGUUUUGGCACUAUGCUAACACCAACUCAGAAUUUUGCACUGAAAACACAAGUAAACCAAUUUUUUCAUCAGAAAGGGCACGUCUCAAAAGGGACACAGUCAGUCUCCAUCUAAAAUCACCUCCUCUCCUCAUUUGUACAUAAGCAUGGCAUCAGCACGUAUUGUAACGUCAUUGUCACAUAAGGUCAUUCUUACCUCUGCUCAAUAAGAAAUUGCCCUUUAGGGGAUGAUGUGUCUUUCUGUCACACUCUUAGAUGUGCUUCCAUUGGUAUUGUUCACCGUUUUGUCUCUGUUUUUUUUGUGCUGUACAUCUUACAAAAUGCAGUGAGUUUAUGUUGCAGACACUGGAGCUCAGCCUUGUGCACAGAGUUGAUUUCUUUUGGCAGUCUCCACAUUUACACUCACUGUUGUGUUUGUCAUUUUAUUUUCAGCAGUGCCUUAGUAUUAAGGAUUAGUAUUCUCUCUCCUUUUUUUUUUUUUUUUGAAGCCAUUACAUGUAACCCAUUAGAUUUGCUUUCACAGGUUUGGCAGCACAUACUAUGUACAGUAUUUUUGUCCGGCGAGUCAUUGUGUAUAACAUCAAAUUUGUCGUGAAAUUGUGGACGUGGCUUGUAAGAUGAGCUCCAAACUGAUCUUGUGUCAGCCUGUUGCAUCCGACAGUGCACUUCUUCUUAUCAUGGUGUCUAAACUUGCAUUGUCUUGAAAAUCCUAAAGGAGCAGGAGUAUGCCUGGUAGUUGUUAGUGUCAUCAUGGCCAAACGCUCUCAUCAUACAAUGGUUUCCUAUCAACUAUACACUAGUCUGAAAACCACAGUGACUGGAACAAGGUGCUAAGUUUUCAUCCUGAAAUGUUGAAUAUGUUUGAAGACAUCUUUUUUUCUUUUUUUUGUACGUGGCUUUGUCUUGCUUGUUUUGAUCUGUACAUGAAGAAACACUAUGCCAAAAGAACUUGUUUUCAGCACAGCUUUACGAGGAUGUGUUGUUUUCUUUGAGUGAGUAGAGAGGCAAAUAAAUCUUAUUUUGAGUGUAUUUAAUCAUUUCACUUGUGGUUGAUUAUGUGAUGUUUAUUUAAAAUAAAAAUGUAUUUUCAUUUUC